CGGUGAGUAUAAAGGAGCCCCCCCGGCGCGGAGAAGAUCAGUCGCUCGCUGCAAACUGAGAUUUUCGCCUGUUUAGUGCGCUUUCUUCUUCCAAAGUCUGUGGUGGACCCCAGUUUUAAAAACCAGCCCCUUCAUGAGUAACCUGUACAACCUGGAUUCACGCUGCGUCUCGCCAUGUUUCCCUCUGUUUUCCCUAGAGCCGGCUAAUUUCUACGAGGGGGUCAAUGGUGGGGCUAAGCCAAACCGGGGCAUGUGCGAGGAAAGAAACAAUCUGGUUGAGCUGAACCCAGCAGGUGAUAUCUACGACGACGAAACAGCCAUUGAUUUCAGCCCGUAUGUGGUGGAGCCGGUGACAGGCUCUCAGCUGGAGCUCUACAGUGACGACUUGUUAGCAGACCUGUUCGCCAGCACCAACAAACCGGACAAAUCUCAGCCCGACUAUGGCUUUCUGCCUCCUGCAGCCAGUCAGAUGAUGAGCUCUGUCUCUGGUGUACCUGCCUCAUCGGGUAACCAUUCGGACAGGGACCUUUUCACUGCUCAGCUACGGGGCAGCUACAAUCAACGCCCGGACUUAUCUAAAGUGGUGGUUAAAGAAGAGAGGGACGAAAAUAUGGAAACUUCGCUACACACACAGAUUGCAGCCUGCGCACAGACUACGGUACAUUUGCCCACGGGCCAGCCUACCCCUCCCACUAGCCCGGAGCCCAGCUCUGCAAAUUCCCACGGUAGAUCGGCACCUGGCAAGGAAAAAGCCAAGAAACCAGUGGACCGACAGAGCUCCGAGUACCGACAGAGGAGAGAGAGGAAUAACAUCGCCGUGAGAAAAAGCAGAGAUAAAGCCAAGCAGCGUAACAUAGAGAUGCAGCAGAAAGUCAUAGAACUCAAUGCCGAAAACGAUCGUUUGCAUAAAAAAAUAGAACAGUUGUCAAGCGAACUUGCGAUUAUGAGGAACUUUUUUGAGCAACAGCCGAAUGCUGCAUCGUUCCUCAGUGCAAAUGCAGAUUGUCGGUGACUGUUGAAUAAAACUUAAGUAACAUCCAGUAGACCUGAUACCUCACCAAAGAAUCAAUAAUUUUGUAGCAAAUACUGUGAACUUAGAAAUGCGUAGAUUUUUCUGGCCUUGGGAGUUCGAAAUUCCUGAAACUUGUUGCAAACUGCCUUAAAAACUUUGCCAUAGCAACAAAGGCUGACAGUUCGUUUAAAUUAUUUUUUUAAUUCUAAUUUUCUAUACUCCUAAAUGCAUUAAUGCAGCUAAGGUACAUUUAUAUGCCACAAUUAUGAACUUUAUAUUUUUCAUUUUAGUCAAUGGUUGAUAGAGCAUGGUUGACGUCUUUUAUAUUGACUGUAUUUCGUUUUAUGAAAAGAAUCAUUAAAUACAUCAAUUUCUA